GUGGUCGGACUAUUAUUAGAGCGCCACUCAAUGGGGACAUCAGAGGGGGCUCGAGGAAACGGUCGAGGAAGAAGUCACUGCGCAACAAUGAGUCUGAACACAAUCUCGAAGUGAUAGAUAAAGGGAAGUAGCUUUUACAAUCCACAAUUUGGUAGUUUACAAUUAGUUCGAAACGCAGUGGCCACUGGAAACGUUUCUGCGCAGCGCAAUGGCUGCCCAGUGCGACUCUUUGAGCGGAUACUUGCAACAGUCGGACCAGGGCUCGAACAGCGAGCGCAGUACUGACUCCCCCGUCCCCGGCUCCGAGGAUGACUUGAGCGGACCCCAUGCCUUACCAGACCCGGAGUGGACGGAGGAGAGAUUUCGAGUGGACCGCAAGAAACUGGAAAUCAUGUUAUUAGCGGCCACUGAGGGAAGAGUCAAUGGUGGCGAGGAUUUCUUUCAGAAGGUCAUGGAUGAAACCAAAACACAGAUAGCGUGGCCUUCCAAACUGAAGAUCGGAGCCAAGUCCAAAAAAGAUCCGCACAUUAAGGUUUGUGGAAAGAGAGACAACGUGAGGGAAGCCAAAGACCGAAUCAUGUCAGUCCUCGACACAAAGAGUAACAGGGUAACCCUUAAGAUGGACGUGUCCCACACAGAGCACUCCCACGUCAUCGGCAAGGGAGGCAACAACAUCAAGAAGGUGAUGGAGGACACAGGCUGCCACAUCCACUUCCCUGACUCCAACCGCAACAACCAGGCGGAGAAGAGCAACCAGGUGUCCAUUGCAGGCCAGCCAGGAGGGGUAGAGGCAGCUCGAGCCAAAAUCAGGGAGCUGCUCCCUCUGGUUCUGUCGUUUGAGUUGCCGGCCAUCGUGCAGCCUGACCCAGGCUCCCCAACAGUGCAGCACAUCACCCAGACAUACAACCUCAACGUCUCCUUCAAGCCCCCCACACGUCUCUACGGGACCACCGGAGUGGUCCGCGGCUCCCAGAACAACUCUAGUGCCGUCAAGAGAGGCACUGCCAUGCUGCUGGAGCACCUGGCGGGCAGCCUGGCAGGUGCCAUCUCGGUCAGUACCCACCUGGACAUCGCCCCCCAGCACCACCUCUUCAUGAUGGGCCGCAACGGCAGCAACAUCAAGCACAUCACCCAGAGGACAGGAGCCCAGAUCCACUUCCCCGACCCCAACAGCCCCCAGAAGAAAUCUACCGUCUACAUCCAGGGCGUCAUCGAGUCUGUCUGCCUGGCACGCCAGUACCUCAUGGGCUGUCUACCCCUGGUGCUGAUGUUUGACAUUAAAGAGGACAUCGAGGUAGAGCCCCAGUGUAUCACAGCUCUGAUGGAGCAGCUAGAUGUCUUCAUCAGCAUCAAGCCCAAACCAAAGCAACCCAGCAAGUCUGUGAUAGUAAAGAGUGUGGAGCGGAAUGCAGUGAACAUGUACGAGGCCCGGAAGUUUCUGCUGGGUCUGGAGAGCAACGGGGUGUCAUCAUCAGCCCUGUCCCCCUCUACCAAUGUCCCCUCCCCCACCCUCAUCUGUCCCGUCGGCCUGGACAUCCUGGCCUCAGCUGGCCUGGGGCUGAGCAGUCUGGGCCUCCUAGGGGCAUCAGCGCCCCAUUCCCUCAGUAGCUCCCCAGCUCCAAACUCUGUCCUCAACAGUCUGAACUCUUCCAUGAGCCCUAUGCAGAACCCCAGCCCCAGCACCCCGUCUCCCUCCCCCUCACUGUGGCCCAGCUCUCUCACAAGCACCCAAGGCUUCUCGUCUCAGUUGAUGAUGCACCCUGUAGCCCAGGCCACUCUGAGCAGUAUUCUGCUCUCUGGGGUCAAGGGGUACACCCAGAACACCCCCUCCCCACCCCCCGGCCUCACCCCCAUCGACAAGCAGACCAAUGGGGUCCCUGACUGCUCCAAAGGCCCCUGUACCCUGAAUGGACAUGUCAAGCACCCUGGCUCAGUCUAUGGUAGGAUGACCAGUGCAUCUCUGGCAGACACGGUUCUGAACCCCAACCAGUGUGACUCAGUCCAGGAGGCCAGCGUACACAACUCGUCAGAACCCCGCUCCAGCAAGUCCAACCAAGAUGAAGGCUCUGACACCUUUGUGGAAGUGGGCAUGCCCAGAAGCCCAUCUCACUCAGCCAAUGGCAACGAGCUAAAACAGAUGCUAGCUUCCUGUAAGACGUCAGGGAAACGGCAGGCGGUGGAGCUCCUCCAGGGGACCAAGAACUCCCAUCUCCAGUAUGUCUGUCCAGAGCUACACUCUCUGUUGUCUCCCCCCCACAGCUCAGACUGCCUCCUGUCAGACCCAGAGUCGAGUGCUUCAGACGGCCCUGUGACGGAUAAGAGGGCGCCGGGCAGUGAGCGGGCAGCAGAGAGGGCAGCACAGCAGAAUGAGAGGGACAGGAUCCGCUUGGCACCACAUUCCUCCUUUGCCAACAUGCAGGUACAACUAGAGGCACUUGAAUAUGAACAGAAAAAGCUGUUAGCAACCAAAGCCAUGUUGAAGAAGCCUGUUGUGACUGAGGUACGGACCCCCACUAACACAUGGAGUGGGCUGGGUUUCUCCAAGUCCAUGCCAGCAGAGACCAUCAAGGAGCUGCGCAGGGCCAACCACGUUUCUUACAAACCCACAAUGAGUACCACCUACGAGGUAAACUCCGACUAUGAGGGCUCCCCCCUGUCCCUGUCCCGCUCCGGCAGCAGAGAGGGAGUGGGCAACGGCAGUGACUCUGACAACUGGAGGGACAGGAACGGGGUUGGGAACGGUCUUCCCAGCCACGCCGAAUUCCCAGCGUCUGUUAGCAGUCCCAAGAGGAAGCAGAACAAAUCCGCUGCGGAUCACUAUUUGAGCAGCAGUAACUACAUGGACUGUAUCUCCUCAGUCACCGGGAGCAACGGCUGCAGUCUCCAGCCCUCUCUCAAAGGGUCGGACCUGCCGGAGCUGUUCAGCAAGCUGGGCCUGGGGAAAUACACUGACGUGUUCCAACAACAGGAGAUCGAUCUCCAGACCUUCCUCACUCUGACAGACCAGGACCUGAAAGAGCUGGGCAUCACCACAUUUGGAGCACGCAGGAAAAUGCUGCUCGCCAUCUCAGGUGUGAAUGACUAUGAACUGAACAAGAACCGAAGGAAGCUGUUUGAGCCUCCUAUCAGGUCCUCCUUCCUGGAAGGGGGCGCCAGCGGGCGUCUGUCUCGUCAGUUCCACGCUGACAUGGCCAGCGUCAGCGGCCGGUGGUAGAGCUCCACUCCGCCAGGACCUAACACGACAGAGACCCAGCCUUCAGUGCUUCUCUCUGGGCUUCUGUAGCCCAGUCUCCAGCCUCUCUGGGUCUCAGUGGUCCACCCUCCAUCUUAUGCUUAACAAUGACAGUUAAACUCUUUUUUUGGGGGCGGGCCAUAACAAAAAGCCAUAGUUUAACCAGAAGUGCCAAAAAAGAGAUGAGCCAUCUCAAUGGUAUAGAAAGUCCAGUGUUCACUCCACAUAGUGCUAAAAUGUUUCUGUGGAGUAUCUACACAUGAAGGGUAUUUGACUAGUUAUGAAGGACAUGUACUGUCUAAUAAUUGUCCAUUUUUGUUGAAGGGAACAGGCUGAAUGAUUAGUACAAAAUAAUUACAUUGAUACCGUCUGCAUUCGUAGUAUGCUGUUGUAUCAAUGACAUGCACUUUAACAAUACUAGAAUUUUGUCUGUGAAAGCCUGAUUCCUCAUAUUGGAAUACCUAUGCAUUUUGUAUUAACUCAAAGCACAGAUGUAUUUGUACCAAGCCAAAUGUAAGCACUUAGUGAGAUGGGGUAAUUAAGUCAAUUAAAUUCAAAGGUCAAAGUGCCCAAGUGACAUCAUCAACUAAACACAGAACCUAGAGAAAUGACCUUUGACCCCUCAGUGUUUUGAUUGAUUGACAUUCUACAAAGGUCAGUGUUGUAUCCACCAGCAGCUGCUGCAGUUGGGCUGCAGUCUGUCUCUGUCAUAUGUAUUUAGAAAAAUAUGAUUUGGUAUUUGCAUUAUGAUUUUUAAUCAUCAUUUUUUGGGGGGAGGUUUUAAUGAUAAUCAGUGUACAUGUGUUUUUUUUAAUGUUUUAAUUAUUUUAUACAUUAAUUAAUGAGUUUCUAUGGUUUCUAAUUUGUUUAUUAUUUGUCUCUUUGAUAAUGACGAGAGAGCGAGAGGGGAGCGAGAGAGAGAGAGAUAUUCUGUUUGUUGGCGUCCUAUGGUUUUCUUAGUCCUUGUCAUUAUGUCUCCUGUUAACCUUUCUGUGGUCUCUACUCUGUGUUGAAUCCCACUGCGUUCCUCUAUCUAUUCAGGAGACCAGUCACUAUUCCCAGACUGUGUGCUUUUAUCUUUCCAUUCACUGACUGCCUUUAGAGCUGCGGACAGAGAAAGAACCUACUACAAUGUAGAAUGCCUCCACACUACUACAGUAUAGAAUGCCUUUACUUCUCUCUCUAAGUUGCUCAGCAGGGAAUCAUUUCUAUUAGAAUAUUGCUAUUUUUCUGAACAGGACUGACACUACUGCUCACCUAGGAGGUACACCACACCAUCGGUGGAAACUCAACUUUGUAUCAUAUGACAGCCCCUAUCCUAGACAAGUUUCUCGACAUUUACCAAGAUUGUGUCCUCAUGGAAGACUCAAAAGUCUUCAUAACAUUUCUUCUAGCUUAAAUUAACUUAGUGGAAUUAUACAAUUGUCAGUAUCGGUUGUGAAAUCAGAUAUCCGGGAAUCUUGUAAAGCUAUAUUUGAUUUAGUAACAGGAUUAUGUGUGCAGUGGUGCUGCUUAUCAUCAAAGGAUGGGUUCACUCUGAGCGCUGUGAUAUGUUCAUGUUCAUAUAAUGGCACAGUAUACUCAUACCCUUUUUUACAUUUUGCUGACUCUGGAAUGUGUAUUUUCUGUAACUGCUUUAGAUUGAAUCCCCAGAUUAAGCCUGGAAGUUGAGUCUUUGUGCAUUCUAUCAUAUAUAGAGUGUUAGUGUGAAGUACGCAUCAUCUUCAUAUGCAGAACGUUUGUUGGUAGAUGGUACAGUAUUUGACUGACAAUGCAGUGAACUGUAUGUAGAGCCCAAGCUGUGCAUCUAUAGAGGCCACUCAAUCUUGAAACUAAAUGAUAGUAGGUUCAGAAUGUUGAAGUAGAUGGAGAGAACAUUUCAAAGCAACUUGCAUGUCAAAAUUGUUCUUAAAUGCUGUUUGUUUCCACACAACAGCAACAUCACUCUUAGCAUCAACCGUUCUGUUAUCACGCACAGAGAGAAGUCACUUGUUUUUAUUUUUGCAUGCUUUCUCUCUCGACGCUCUGUUGUAUCGUGUGUUUACGCUAUACCACUUUCCUAACUGAUUUGAGCCAUUCUCAAUGUCAUUGUAUCCAUAUAACAUAUCCUGACAUAGUUGUCGUUUCUGACCAGUAGUGGUUCAUUUUCUUAGAAAUGUUUUAAAGAGACAGGAUAUAAAAAGGGAUUUGUAAUUCCACAAAGAAAUAUGGGGUAUGUUCAACCCUUUUAUAAUGGUACUAAUUGAAGCUGUUCAGCAUUGAUUAUGUCAGUGCAGUAAUGUCGACCCAUGUACCUACCGUGCAGACAAGACAGUGUUUGAUUUCACUUCUGUAAAGCCUGUGGUCAUUUGUCUGUUUGGAGGGCAAUAGAGAUUGUUGUCUGUCAAGUGAAUGUUAAAGUGAGAAUUAUUGAUGCCUUUAAUCUGGUUUAAUGAAGGUAAUCAUUUGCAAUCAGUUUACCACCAACCUCCUUUCCCUACACCCUUUACAGAAUCGUUAUGCAAUUCAUUUUUGUGUUUAGUCCUUGUUAUUCCUAAAGGGAUACAUUUGAAGAGGUCUAUUUUGAACUGAGUUAGAUCAAAUGGUACAACAUUUAUAAUGAAUGUAAACCACUAAGGAAUUGAUGUAUGUAUUGCUUUGCGUUUCUAUCCUGUGUAGUCAUGCUUGUUUUUAGCAGUAUAUCUCCAGUUUCCUGUGAGACAAAGGUACAGUUCCAAAAAUAUUCCACCGAAGAAUUUAAGGAGUGAGAUUGCCUUUUGCCAUAGCUCCUUUCCUUGGCUUUUGUUGAUAAGAUUGUUGAGCAGGACAUUGUUUUAGCUCUGUUGUUAUGUCUGUAAAUAUAGUACAGAUACAAAUUGUGUUUUGGAGGAGUUAUCAAAUGUUAUUACAAAGAUAAUAAAUGUAUGCAGUAAGA